ACCUGCUGAACCAGCACAGAGUUGAGCUUUCACAUUACGGGUUUUGUUCAUUAACAGCAGGAUUUCCCUUAUCAAAGGCAAUGGAUUACAGAACAUUACCUGUGAAUAAAUGGGAUGAGAACCAUGUCCAAUGUUGGCUAGAAUCUACUGGAAUCAAGAAAGAGUAUGUAGAAAAACUAUACGCAGAAGAAGUGACAGGUCCAGUGCUAGUGGAACUGGAUGACACUUUCCUCAAAGGCAUAGGUAUGAAGGGAGGCCAAAUCCACAUGCUAAUCCGCAAGAGAAACGAACUUCUAAGGCUACAACAAAAUGCACAGCAAGCCAACCAUUCCAGCAGCAAAACAUCUGACAGAACUGAUACACAAACAGAUCCAGUAAGACCCAGAAAGGCCCCCGCUCAAAAAACUUCACGUGAAGACAGCUGUGGUUCAGUAGAUAGAACUAGCAGAGAUAACACAGAACAGAAGCCUUCUACUUCUGGCAAGAGGCAAAGGGGAAGUAACAACUCCCAACUUAAAAGUACUGAUGAUGUUUUAGAGCUCAGCAACUGUCGGCCAUUUAGAAGUCAGAAUACUGAUUUCAAAUAUGUGAAAAACAGAGUUCUUGCUCCAGAAUCAGGAAUCAAUGGUUUAAUCACUCCUUGCCACGAAUACAAAUCUUUAGCCACUGCUGCAGAACUGAACAAAAAUCAAUUGCAAUCAAAAUUUGCCUGUGAAGUGAUACGAUUUGCUUCAGCCUGCAUGAACAUUCGAACAAAUGGAACCAUACAUUUUGGUAUCAUGGACAGCGUUGAGGAUAGCGGUUGGAAACACGGCCAGAUCAUUGGCAUAAAGGUCAAACAGCGAGAACACUACAUUGAUGCAUUAGAUUAUAUAGAAAAAUGUUUUUGCGAAAAUGUACAAGAAAUUGCAAGGAAAUGUAUUCACCCACCUGUUUUUGUUGAAGUGAUUUCAAAAGACUCUCAGGAACAAAGGUUUGUGGUGGAGGUUGACAUUGAACCAACAUCCAAUUUAGUAAAGAACAGAUUUUUUGAAGUGUAUUUGCCAAAAUACAAUGAAGGCAGCCAGAAGGUGACCCUGACAAAAGAUCGAGUUCUCUAUCAGAGACUAGGAGCAAAGUCUGAACCUGUACAGCACAAUGAUCUAGCUACUUUUAUUCAGGGUUUACAAGACAGGGAUGCUCAAAGAGAAAAAGCUGAGCUCUCCAGCACAGAAGUACAUGCAGAAAUACCUCAAAAUUUAGGAAGAAAGUUAUCAAUUCUACUAAAUGAUGGCAAAAGCCAUAUGGAUGAUUCCCUACGGUACAUCCUCGUCACAAACAAAUGUGAAAAGGAUAAUCUCAGCUAUAUCAACUUUUUAAUGCACUUGAACAUCUUCUGCGUCUUUGACUUCGAUGAAGAUUCUAAUGUGUCAGGGCUGUAUAGCAAGUACAAAGAACACCAUGCAACAAGGUCUUAUUUUUUACAGGAUUUUUCCAACGAAAGUAAGACUGGCAACCCUCCCUCUCAGAAACAUUUGUGCCUGUUUGAUCAGACCAGCUGGAUAUUCUGCAAUGGGCGCAGUGACUUCCUCGGGGAUGAAAAACCUUGUGAUGAAAAUACAUGGAUUAGAACGAAAAAAAAAUACCUUAAGAAAGCAAUUACUCGUAUCUGUGAUGAAAUCCUGCCGAAGCGGUCUUUCAUUGUGCUUUUCCUCUUGCUAUCACCAGUGCAGAAACCACUUGUGGACACUUUUCAGGAAUUCUAUACAGAGAUGAACGGCACGGAGUACAUCGUUUGCAUUGCAGAGUCCAGAGAAAAUUAUGGGAAGUGGGCUAAUCUAGCUCAGGCAUCCUGCAGCAUUGAGACACUAGAACAAUGCAGUAUUGUGGGUAUGAAACUAAGUCACAUAGAUGCCACCAUUCAAACAAUGCUGCCUUCUACAGCACAACCCAGACAUCUGCCAGUUUCCACUAGAGGGCUAUGUACACUUCCCUUGCUGGAAGAAGAGAAACUGUUUUCCCUAGAAAUCCUUUGUGUUGACCAAUGCGAUGAUAUCAAAUUAGAUCUUUUGACUGAAAAAGAAAUACAAGAAAUAGAACAAAAUUUUUACCGAGGGAGAAAAAUAAUCUGGGAAAACUUCUGGCUCGCUGAUAAAAGACGCUGUGGGGAAAUCAUUGAACGCGAAGCAUGUAAGGAUGCUAGCAAACUCCUAGAUGACAUUUUACGAGGAAGCAAACUCAACUAUUCUGUGGCUAAACUAAAGAUAUUUCACCACCCUGGAAGUGGUGGAAGCACAAUAGCACGGCAAGUUCUAUGGAAAAGAAGAAAGGACUUAAGAUGUGCUGUUAUCAAAGCCUCAUAUUCACCUGCAACUGUUUGUGAGCAUGCACUUGCAUUUAGAGAUUAUGAAGAAAAAGAAAUCGGUCAUUGUCUUCCUGUGCUCCUCCUGAUUGAGGAUUAUGAUGAAGAUUACUUAGAAGAACUAAGGAAUGAGUUAAUGGAUGCUGUAGCAACCAGGAAAAUUAAUUCCCCCAGACCUUAUUUCAUCCUCAUAUGCUGCAGACGAUCCAAUGACCCGGAAAGGCUUUGCAAGGCUUCUCCACUGGACACAGUUGCUGUCACUCACAAGCUGACGGACUCAGAGAAAAGUCUGUUCAGAACUAAACUUGAAAAACUGAAGCAGAAAGAUGUCAAGCCAGAAUUCAUACUUACAUUUGUCCUGAUGUGUGAGGAGUUCAAUGAAACAUAUGUGAGAGACUUUGUAGGGCACAUAUUGCAAGACAUAGACCGUUCUUCUCCUGAUACAUGCUUGAUGCGUUAUGUGGCUUUGCUUAAUUUUUAUGUACCCAAUUCAUAUGUUUCAUUGUCACACUGUGAGGCUUUUCUAGGACUGGGGGCAUACACAGAAAGGAAAUCAAGAGCAUAUGAUUUCAAAAGUCACUUGAGUGAACAAACAAGAAUGAUUUUUAUUGAGCUAAGGGAAAGUACCACUUAUAUUUCAUCUGUUCGGAUAAUACACUGUCUGGUUGCAAAAGAAAUUCUGCAUCAGCUUUCAGGGAAUGAACCUCAAAGUCAACUUGCAAUGACUCUUCUUCAGGAAAAGACACUCUUUCAAAACAGAUUUGGACGAGAGGAAUUCAUAAAGUUCAUCAGAGAUCUGUUUAUUCGACGUGAUAAAAGAAGCAGGGGUGACAAUACUGACACUCUUUUCUCCCCAUUCAUUGAACAUGUCUGUGAAGCUGAAGACUGUGAAAAAGCUAUAGCUGUUUUAGAAGCUGCAUAUGAACUCCUCGGAAGAGAUCCUUUUUUUGCACAGCAGCUUGCCAGACUACAUUACAACAAUGAAAAAUUUAAAGAUGCGGAACAUUGGGCAGGAGUUGCAAAAUCUGAUUUGCCAAAUGAUUCUUAUAUUUUAGAUACAGAAGGUCAAGUCUACAGGAAAUGGUUCAGUUUCACUGUGGAUAAAAUGACCCAGGAGGACACUCCUGAAAGCAUCAUUCAGAAGAUAGAGAUUGCUCUUAAAGCUAUGAAAUGCUUCAGGGCUGCACAACAGGCUGCAAAAGCAGAACGCGACAGUAUGAACAACGCUGGCUAUUUUGGAGAAGUAGAAGUAGGAUGUCGUCUUCUUAAAUUUUUGUCCACAGUCCACGUAUUUCGCAGAAGUCCCGAGGGGGAAUAUUCUGAGCUUGUGAAAUACCUGAUCACAGAUUACAUUCCUAAAGACAUUGAGAAAACAUGGGGAAGGCUUCACUCCUGCUUAAAAGGCUUACGCCAGAACCUGUACAAUGCUCUGGAAUGGAUUUCGGAAGACCUAAGUUAUUUCCAAACAGAUAAAAACCACGAGAAGGAAGACGAAGAUGAAAAAGAUGAAAAGGAAGAACAAAUUUAUAAUCCCAGAAAAUGGCUAAAAAGACAGUCUGAGGUAUAUGCUAAGUUCUUCAUCUCAGCAUCAUUUAUUGAGGACAGCAACGGUAGCCCUGAGAGCCAGCUGAUUAGACGCAUGAAUAUUUAUAAGAGUGGUGGAGGUAGCGUCACUAAUAUCCUGUCAUUCUUAACAGAUAAGAAAGAGAACAGGUCAGCCGAAAAGCUAGAAAAGAUCCUUAGUUUCUAUACAGAAAACCCACUACGGGACAGGCUGGAGGACAACGAUCUGAUCAAUUAUAUUUUGUGCCACAUCACAUUAGCAUGCUUAGCACCAGGAUCAGCCAAACUUCUUCCAGCACAAACUCUUCGUGACCUCAGUGUAAGAUUCUUUAAAGGAAAAAGACCAUUUCCAGCAAGUGCCCAUUUUUUGCUCACCUUGCUGUACUGGCCAGAUGAGGCAUUAGACAAAGAGCCUAAUCCAGAUAAAGACGAAAUUCUAAACUCAGCCCUUCAAACCCUGAAACGUUUAUAUGACAUCAAGAUGAAAGAUGUUCCUACCAGAAAAAAAAGAAUCUACACCCACUUUUUUCUGGGAAAGGGUUAUGGCUUAGGUAAGAUUGUGCACAAAACUAAAAUUGAUAAAUUAAUUACUGGGUCCUUACAUGAAAGGAGAAUGAAGUGGCUACAUGGAACUGUAUGGAACAUUGCCAGGAUUCAUGACAUUCUCAAAAGAGUUUCUGGCUGGACCAAGGACAGAAAUUUAUUUAUACGUGGUCACGUGAAGGAGUUCCCCAUCUUGCCACUCCAUCAUGAUUCAGUGCCCCCUGGAAAUGAAAAUGUGACCUUUUAUUUAGGCUUUUCAUUUAACGGUCUUGUUGCUUUCAAUAUUGAGGUUGAAAAUAACCCAACUGUCAGCAGAACACAAAGUAUUUAGUACAUUAACAGCACCUACUGGGCUGUUAGAAGAUACAGCACUGAAAGUGUCCAUUGUCACAUUUAAAACAAAAAGUGGACUGCACUGGCUGAACAUCAGGUAGCAAGAUAACCACAUUUAACUACUACAAUAAUGACCAAGUAUCUAAAAGAAUUUGAAAUCUACUAGUAAAAUAUACCUUGAAACAGAAGCCUUUGAUAGUUUUGGAGUCACCAAAAGCAAGAUUUCAAACUUAAGACAGCAAUAAUUGCAGUAUUUGCUUGGGGACUGGGGGGGGAGACA